AUGGUUUCUCUCGCCGCAAGCAACCGCGGCAGCCUAAAGCGCAAGAACCCCGACGCCUCGUCCGACGCCGAAAACAACAACAUGAGCGAGCUCAAACGCCGGCGGGUCGCAUUCAAUCCCGAAGUAGAUGUACGGAUACUCAGAGACGAGGAUGAGAAGAGCUUGGAACUGGUGCACGAGGAGGUGAGACGUGCGAUGGAGAAGCACGCGGCAGGCGAGAAGGCGGCAUACGAUGUGAUCAAGGCACUGUUCAGAGAAGAUCCAAGGACGUCCGGUUCAACUUCUACCGCACUCCUCCAGAAAUACAUCAUCGCCCUGACCAACCACGUCCACCUGCUCGACUUCACUUGCAAGGGACUGGUACACGCUAUUAUCGACUGUAGCUGGGUAGCCCGCCAUGAGAGCUUCGUGCGCUCAUACCGCGCCUUCCUACACUCCCUUCUCUCAAUACAGUCAGGCUUCAUGUCAACAGUCUUACAAUCGCUCAACGGCAUGUUUCUCAAGAUGCCUUCCGUCAAUUCACGGCAGCGAGACGAUCCGCCCAUCGAACGCGUACGGCUGGAAUCGCGGAUACACGAUUGCCUCCGAUCAAUCCUGCGCCACAACCCCAUGGCCAGCUCAUUCCUGGCACCAUCUCUCGCCUCAAACUUUCCCUACCCAGACGACGAUGCUAAGACACAUGUGCAAUACAUUCGGAACAUUCUGAGGAUUGCCGAAUAUUGUCCAGAGCUCAAGGGCGAAGUGUUUUCGCUUGUUACGGACAAGCUGGUCAAGAUCGAUGUGCAGAUACAAGUGGACAUGGAAGAGUUAGAAGACGACAUUGAAGAGCGCUUAGUCGGAGAUGCCAUCAACGAGGCAGAGGACGAUGACAGCGACAACGAGUCAGUCUCAAGUGAAGAGAGCUUAGACCCAGAAGAACAGCGUCUGAAGGACCUGCGACAGGCAGUCAGCAAACUUGACACCAUCAUGGACCUUCUCUUCACCCACUACGACAACGUUUUCGCCGCAGACCGAUUUGAAGCUGACGAGCUUUUUGAGAGUCUGCUCUCCCAAUUUGCAAGCACUAUUCUCCCCACCUACCGCUCCCGACACACGCAGUUCCUCCUCUUCCACUUCAGCCAAACCUCCGCCGACCGCACCGAGCAAUUCGCCGGCGCAUGUUCGCAUCUCGCCUUCGACCAAAACCGCCCACACAUUCUCCGCGUCACCGCCGCCGCGUACCUCGGCUCCUUCAUCGCCCGCGGCGCCCACGUCCGACCCGACACCGUCCGCGCCGUCUUUGACCUUCUCUGCCACCACCUCGAGAUCCAGCGCGCCAUGCACGAAUCCUCAUGCAAAGGCCCCGACCUCCGCCGCUACGGCACAUACUACGCCAUCGCACAAGCCCUGCUCUACCUCUUCUGUUUCCGCUGGCGCGACCUUAUUGUCACACCCGACAUGACAACCCCAACGGACGAAGACAUCAUCUACCACGAAGGCGAUUUCACAUGGUACAACAGCACCCAAGACACCAUCCGCCGCAACAUCUUCUCCAAACUCAACCCCUUGAAAAUCUGUGCGCCGACUAUCGUAGCGCAAUUCGCGCGUGUCGCCCACCAUCUCCGCUUCCUGUACGUUUACCCGCUCAUCGAAACGAAUAAGCGCGUGCGCCUCGCGCGCAGUCUGGCAAGUGGAUAUCUCCACGGUCUGGGCGGCAGAGAAACGGCGCUUAGUACGAAAAAGGGCGAGGAAACGUUCUUGCUCGAUGCGUAUUUCCCGUUCGACCCGUAUGUCUUGCCAAGGAGUAAGAGGUGGCUCGAGCAGGAUUACGUUACGUGGAAACCUGUGCCGGGGAUGAGCAUGGACAAAGAGGAUGACGAUGAAGAGGAGGAAGAUGAUGAUGAUGAUGAUGAUGAUGAUGAUGACGAUGAUGAUGAAAGCGACACGGAUUUAGACUCUGAUAUACAGGAGCCGGAUGAGGUGGUGAAUGAGGAUGUGGAUGACGGAAGUACCGAGACGAGUGUUUGA